AUGGAGCCCGACAAAACCCAGUUACCAGGAUAUCGAAUGUUAACCACCGUAUUUUUAUGCCUAUUAAGCUUGAUCGCUCAAUCUCUUUAUAGUUUAUUGGUUCCGUUCUUUGCGACAGAGGUUAUAAAGAAAGGUUUAUCCUUAAACGAAAUUGGCUUUGUCUACGCUGUAUAUCCCUUAGCUAUGUUUAUAAGUUCGCCAAUAUUUGGUCUUAUGGUUCCAUCCAUAGGCUCCAGGUAUAUGAUUUGGGCUGGAUUAACCAUAGAAGGUGGAUGUUCUAUCCUUUUUGGGUUUCUAAAUUGGAUCAGUGACAAAAAGAUUUUUCUUAUUUUAGCUAUAAUACUGCGAUUUGUACAAGGAUUAGGGGCAGCCUGCUAUAUUACUGCAGCUUAUAGUAUAGUAGCUUCAUUGUUUCGUCAAUCUAUAGCUACAACGAUGGGGGUUAUCGAAACAUUUAGUAGCUUAGGAUACGCAAUUGGGCCUCCAAUUGGGGGAGUACUAUUUACGGUAGGAGGCUUUAUACUACCUUUUACAAUUGUAGGAAGCUUUAUGGUUGGUAUGGCACCAAUAGUUGCUUACUUCAUACCUGUUUCUAAAGGUAUUGCGGUUUGUCUGGGUAUUAUGACACUGACAUUUUUGGAAAUUAAUUAUUCCAUUCAUAUCAAAAAGGGUUAUCGACAAUUUGUAGUCGCUGGAUUAAUUAUUAUGGCAAUAUCCCUGCAAUUGCUUGCUCCGGCGCCAUAUUGGAAAAUUCCAUUGAAUAUGCGGCUAGUAGUAAUUGGACUUAUUAUCUAUGGUAUUGGAACAAAUUUCCUAUUUAUGCCUUCUUUCGCAGAAUUAUUAAGCGUUGCAGCAAACAAAAAUAUCGGUGACAACCUGGCAACUUAUUCCGUAGGAUCUGGAUUAUUUAAAGCAGCCCAGGCACUCGGAUUAAUUAUAGGCCCUAUAGUUGGAGAAGCUCUCAUUGUCGUGCCUAAACUUGGGUUUCCAUGGACUUCAUCUCUCCUCGGCUAUAUCCUAUUCGCUCACGCAUUGGUGAUUUCUUGCUAUCUUUUAUACGAGAAAUGCAAAAGUAAAAGGAUGACUGCUUGGGAAAUAAAUACAGCCGUUGAAAAUUCGACAGCUACACUACCUACGGCAAUUAGUGUGGACAAACGAAUAGUGUGGGUUCCUAAUUAG